CUCAUUUCCCUCCUUAUCAUUCGGAGGGAUCGGAGAUCUCUUUCUAUUGUUUUCACAGACGUAGUAACUAUCCCUCCUUCCCUUACGCACCAACAUAACCAUUUUAGGCCUAUUAGUUAGAGCACCAAAUAAGCUAGCUAAAGAUAAUUACUCUAAUGGCUUAUAGGGCGGAUGAAGAUUACGACUAUCUGUUUAAGGUGGUGCUGAUAGGUGAUUCCGGCGUCGGGAAAUCCAACUUGCUUUCGCGGUUCACCCGCAAUGAGUUUAGCUCCGAGUCCAAAUCCACCAUCGGUGUCGAGUUUGCCACCCGCACUAUUGAGGUCGAUGAUAAGCUCGCCAAGGCUCAGAUUUGGGACACCGCUGGCCAAGAAAGGUACCGGGCAAUUACGAGUGCUUAUUAUCGAGGAGCGGUGGGGGCAUUGCUUGUUUAUGACAUAACUCGGCAUAUAACGUUCGAUAACGUGGAGAGAUGGCUGAGGGAGCUGCGGGAUCACACAGAUCAGAACAUCGUGGUCAUGCUUGUAGGGAACAAGGCGGAUCUCCGCCACCUGCGAGCUGUAAACACCCAGACUGCACAAGCAUUUGCAGAGAGGGAGAAUACCUUCUUCAUUGAAACCUCUGCAAUGGAGGCACUUAACGUCGAGAUGGCCUUCACCGAGGUGCUGACUCAGAUCUACCGGAUCACCAGCCGGAAGGCCCUUGACAUUGGUGAUGAUCCGAUGGCUCUGCCCCGGGGAAAGGCAAUCAACAUUGCAGAGAAUUCUAAAGGCAGUGGUGGGUGUUGUUCUACAUAAUCAAGGAAGAAAUCCAAUCAUGAGAGAAGAAGAUCAGAGGCAGGAAGAGAAAGUAUGCAUAAAAUCAAGGGAGGACUUAACAUUAGACAAUGUAUAGUAGAGCCUACUAUAUUAGCCAACCAAAAAUUAAGGAUCCUCUAUACAAAUGUCAAGAAAGAAGAAUUUGCAGCUAAGAACUCAUCUUUUGUAGUUUUGUGUGAAUUCCAUUUGACCUGAAAGUAAUAAAUUUUCUAACACUUUUGCAAUUGCCAUGCUGAAUAUGCAUGUAAAAAGGGAAACUUUCAUUAUCUCAUUCUUUUCAUCUUUGUUUAACACAA